UAGGACGCUGGCUUUCUGGGCCGGAAAUUUUCUGAGCUGGACGGUCCGGGAUUCGCAAUGGAGCCGGUGGCGUCCUGGGGUCCUGGGGCGGUGGUGGCGUGGCUGAGAGGCCUGGAUGAGCUGGUACAAGAACACCCUUUUGAGCAGUGGGCCCUGGUGGGCAGUGACCUGCUUCAGCUCUGUCCUCGGAACCUGGAGGCCCUGGGGGUCUGGCACAUUGGCCAUCAGGAACUCAUCCUGGAUGGGGUGGAACAGCUCCGGACUCUGAGCUCCGGCCUAGAGACUGAAAAUCUCCGGAAACUAACAGAACAGCUGCGGACCCUGACCCACAAAUUCUGCAGUCUUGUCCCGGGCUGCCUCGGGCCCUGUGGGGAACCUGCCCCAGACCUACUCACGGGAGCCAUCGAGUUGGUCCGAGCAGCUUGGGCCCUUCUCUGCUGGCUCAACAGGUACCUUUUUUCCCAACUCAAUGACUUUUCUGCGUGCCAGGAGGUCGGGGACUUGUGCAGGGAGCUGGCCCAGGCCCUGCAGGAGACCUCGGCCACGGGUGUUUUGGACUUGGAGUGUGGGGGGGAACGAGGGAGCUCCACCGUCAUCUCCCUCUCUCCUCUGCCCGCCCCGGGUCUCCCGUAUACCUUCCCGCCUUCCCAGGGGGACAACAUUGUGAGCGUCUGUGACGCCAUUCUGAGCUUCAGCCCUGAGGACUUGCUGGAUCAGCUGGCCGUCUUGGAGCUGGUGGAGCUGAGAGCCCGACACCCAGAGGAGCCCCUGGGCCUGGAAAUCCUCAGCACCAGCAGCUGCCACCACUUUGUGUCUGGAACGGCCCCAGAGUCUCCUGCUGACGGCUGUUCCCGGAUCUUGCUGGGAGACGAGAUUGUCCAGGUCAACGGGCAGGUGGUGGUGGGCUGGCCCCGGGCUAGCUUGGACAGGCUGCUGCUCCAGGAUCCCGCCCUGCUCAGACUGGUGCUGAAGACUGUUCCUGUGCCCAAGACUGCCCCUCAGAGCCCCUUGGAACCAAUCGCCAGCUCCAGGAACCAGUCAGAAAGCUUGGCCCCCCCCUCUCCAAGAGCCUCAGAAGAAAAAGGUUCUGCCUUCACCUUUGACCAGAGUCCAGAACCAAGACUCCCGAGCUCCUCCGAGGCAGGCCCGGCCACCCCUUCAGACUGUGGCACUAGCUGGGGCCCUGACGAGGCACGCCGCUCCCCCAGCGCCCCAGACCCCCCGCCAGCAGCCCAGCCAGUCAUGGGGGAGAUUGCGAAUCACGGAUCUCCGGAGCCCCCGGACAAGGGUCCUUCCUGCAGUCCCAAGAAGUCCAAAGCCAAAGGGACGGCAACGCGGCUGAGCCGCAGGCGGGUGUCGUGCCGGCAGCUGGGCCAACCUGACUGCGACGGGUGGCUGCUGCUUCGGAAGGUGCCCGGAGGUUUCAUGGGCCCCCGCUGGCGCCGGUGCUGGAUGGUGCUCAAGGGCCACACGCUCUACUGGUACCGACAGCCUCAGGAUGAGAAGGCUGAAGGGCUCAUCAAUGUCUCCAACUACAGCCUGGAGAGUGGCCGGGACCAGAAGAAGAAAUAUGUGUUCCAGCUGACCCAUAACUUGUACAAGCCUUUCAUCUUCGCGGCGGAAACCCUGGCUGACUUGAGCAUGUGGGUGAGCCGCCUGGUGACCUGCAUUUCCAAGUACCAGUUCCACAGCCGAGGACCUGCGCCCAGAGAGGAAGACUGCUACAGCGAAACCGAAGCGGAAGAUCCAGAUGAGGAAGCAGGGUCCCGGCCCGCCUCGCCCAGCCCUGGGGGAGUCUGGAGCUCUCCCCAUGGAGAAGCCUCCCCAUCGACCACCCCCCCACAAGGUAGCCCCCAGGCGGCCCAUAGCCCUUUGACAGACAGCAGCGGUGAUGGAGCCCUGGAGCACCUGGUGCGGGGCCUGAUACAGGGAGGGGUGUCCCUGCUGGGCCGCCCACAGUUCCUGACCCAGGAGCAGUGUCGCAGCUCCUUCCUGCGCCGGGCCCGGGACCCCCAGCUCAAUGAGCGGGCCCAUCACAUACGAUGUCUGCAGAGCACGCUCAAGGCAAAGCUCCAGGAGCUGCAGGUCCUGGAUGAGGUGUUGAAUGACCCCACGCUGACUUCGGAGAAGUUUCGGAGGUGGAAAGAGAAAAACCAGGAGCUGUACUCAGACAGGCCUGGGGGCUGGGCUGGAGCCGAAGGCCCCCUCUGCCCCCCCACCCCUAAACCUGAGGACAGUGCUGCUUGUGACUCCAAAGAGCACCUGCCUCCUGACCCUCCGUGCCCAAGACCCCCCGACCUUUGACUCUAGGGAUGGGGCUCUGACCCAGGGAGUUCCCAACCCCUCAGUAGGUAGAAUUAUCUCUCUACCACCGGACUUUUGAACUCCCCCACUCUGCCCAGCUUUGUCCAGGGCAGGGUCCUCUCUGGGGUCUGCAUAGGGCCGAGAAGCCAUCACUGGCCCCCCCAGGCUGCCAGGCCGAUGACAAGUCUGUUUCCUGCUUCACAGACCUCAGCUGAACCCCUGCUCCUUUUCUCCCUCCCUCCGGCCCCCCAAUGGUCCAGCCUAUUUGCCCCGACAUGCUGCCAGAAUUGUCCGAGGAUGGGGAAGAGAGCCUCGCUUCAUGUGAGAGCUCAUCUUCAGUUACCCAAGGAGGGAAAAUGAGAGAGCCCAGAGGCGGGAACGGGCUUUGGAAGGAGAAUCCAUAAGUGGGGGGGUGGGACGGAGGGGGCCGAGGGGCCUGACCCCCUCUUCUGGUCCUGGAGACAGCUGCAGGGCAUCAGCACUGCUCCCCCUUCCCCCCCGCCCAGUCGGCACAGGCGUACCUCACUUUGGCUGCAUUUCAACGCAUUAAAACAGAUUUACUCUGGGGUCCCUCUGACUGAUGAUCUAUAACCAGAGGAAGCAGUGCCCGAUACCCCAAGAUCACAGAACCUCAGGUUUGGAGAAGAGACCUCAGGGUCCCCAAUGUGUCCCACAUGGGAUACUUACUGAGGAGUCAGGCCUGUAGAUUUGUAGAGGGAAAGCCGCCACUGCCCAUCACUUGGGAUUACUGGGUGUUAGAAAGUUGUGAACUUAUUGUGGAUAGGCUGCAGGAUUUAAAAUUGGAAAGAUCCGAGUUCAAAUCCUGCCUCAGACACUGGUGAUCCUGGGGUUGGGGUGAGGGGCAAAACAUCCCCGAAAGUUCAGUCUUUUAUUCCCCUUGAGCUUACUCUGGUUAGAGUUCAUGCCUCAAGUUUCCACACAUAUUAGUGGUAAGGAGGGGCCGUGGUCUCUGAUUUCCUAUAAGCAUCCAUGUUAAUAUGUGUAUACCUGGUAUAGGACAGCCGCCACAAACAAUGCAGAUGAUGCAGAGGGCCCCAUAAACAGCAGAAACAAACCCCAUAAGGCGUGCAAAGGCCUGCGGACUUCCUAAAACACUACGGGGAGCACAAGGAUGAAACGCAGGUUUAUGAGUGGGCCGAUACUUGACAUUUUGUUGACUCUGUAGCUGUUCCACAGAGUUCUAUAGGGUCCCUCCUAGACUUGUAGAACCUCCUGUGAUUACAACCCCAAAAGGCAAACACUUUGCAGUUAUUUGACGAGCAUCCCCUUUACCGUCAAAGGUGAAUUUUCUAAAUCAGGGCUUCUUAAAUUAUUUUCCAUUUACGACCCUCUUUCUCCCAAUAAAUUUUUAUAUGAUCCUAUAUAUAGCUACAUAAAAUAGAUGUAAAUAUUAACAUUUCAUGUUGUCACAAUAUCAUUAAGUUUCAAGGUCCGGUAUAGGGUUGUGAACCACAGUUCAAGCAGCUGGAGUCUAAAUACCUUGUUAUCGUACUGGGAAGUGACAAAUUCCAAAUCUUUUGUCUUACCAUGUUGGGUGUCCAGCUUCAAAGAUUAUGUAGGUAAUCCUUCCCCAUCUCCCAGAAAAAAAAAUAAAACAUUGCUCAGGAACCACUGAAUUUGAGAUUAUUCCUAAAGCAACCCCUAAGGAUCAUGCUACCUGAAAAUCUCUGAGAGAAAAAAACAGUUCCUUGGUCAGGAAGCAACUCUUCCCCAAAAUCCACUAUGAUCCUAGAUAAAAAAGGUACUUGGGGAAAGGAUGAAAAUGAGGUUCAAAAGAAAUGAACAAAUUUUUGGCUCACUUUUCUAGAUAUUAACAGUUGGUGACUCCUCCAGCAUGAACCCAUCAUCCUGAACUUAGCUGACCAAAUCCAUUUUGUGAUGAUCCCAUUUCCAAAAUGCGUCUCCUAGGAGGAUCCAAACCAUCCCAUUCAUUUUCAUGAAACUAGUCAGAAUUAAUAUUGGGUGGCUCUUUGUCAUCUUGACAAAGGUUAAGUGGUAGGUCUAUAACCCAGGUUCCACAAAUUUGUUUUUUUUUUGUUUGU